AUGAACAUCGCCAGCAACAACAUCCUACGCGGCCGCCAGCUCGCUGAACUUUUCUUUACUCUGAAUGCUCCUGGCAGUACGGACUGGACAUGCCGGUGUGGCGCACGACGUUCACAGAAUGGGAGUGGGUACACCAACCUCGUCUCGCAUAUCACCGCCGACCACCCCGGAUAUGUUGCAUUUGAUGCAACUAACCCUCCUAACGCCUCAGCUCUAUUUGAGAUCAUGGUCCCACGACAUGUGCGAACAGUGUUUGGUUGGUUGUAUUGGAUUACAUUGUGUUUGCUACCAUCUCUAAGUGCGGCUGCCCACGUGGAGUUUACUGAGUUUGUCCUGGAUUUGUACGGGAAGUCCUGGAGCAAUGUCAUCGCACUUAUCGGAGAUAACUGCUCCACCAAUGUGGCUUUUGCACGACUCGCCGGGGUGCCUUUUAUUGGAUGCGCCUGCCACCGGCUUAACCACUUUGUGCCCGAUAUGCUCACCAACUACGCAUAUGUUAUUGACAAAGUCAAUGCACUUAUGACCAAGCUUCGUUUUACCCUACCGGCCGCUCGUCUGCGUCGUGUGACCCCCCUACGUGCGAUUACACUAAGUGCGACACGCUGGAGUUCGACGUUCAACAUGUUGAAACGGUAUAUCGAGCUUAAGCCAUUUCUAUGGGCUAUUGCUGACGACAGUAUCGACGUGCUACGACUUAAUGUGGUGGAAAAUCGCGAAGUCACGGCGCUGCUAGUCACUCUAGAAGACCUCAACUCGAUUACGCUCGCCUUACAAGGCGAUGAAUGCUCUCUUUUGGAAGUGCGCCAAAUCUUCGAUACGGUUAUCGAAGAUUAUCCGAAUGCGGUGGGUCGUUUAGGUCCGAGCGCGCGAGUUGUCAAAAACCCAAGUUUUGAGAGCGCCAUUGUCAAGAUCCUCCGCGGCACCGAGACAAUGAUGACAGCUGAAGAGCGUGAAAGCGUGAUCAAGCUGCGCAAUGAAGAAGCUAUCGAAUCCAGCGCGGCGGCCGUGGCGCUUCCUGUGAUUUCUCUGGCCGAGCGGGCGUUGAAAAAGAACAAGGUGACGCGCAUGACGAGCAGCUUUAUGGAUUGGAGGUUCUUGUGCCCAACGUCGAACAUGUGUGAGCGCAUAUUUUCGUCUACCAAGUUGGCCAUCGGAGACCGACGUUGCAGCAUGACCCCGAAAAAUUUCGAGGAGCAAAUGUUUUUGCAUGCUAAUAUCAACCUUUGGACGAUUGAAGACGUUCAAGAAAUGUUGCGCUCCGUCGAGUAA